UGGCAAAAUGGGUAAAAAAUAUGGUUAUCCGCCCGGCCCAACCUAUUUUAAAUGAGUUGGAUACCGAACCCAUUUAAAAUGGGCCCAAUAUGAGUCAACCCAAAUCACCCAUUUAAAAUAAGUGUAACUUUGGAUAAAACCCACAUUGUUAUUUCCACAAAAAGAUACGGUGCUUUCAACUCAAACCCUACAGCAUAUGCCUCUUCCAUCAACCAACACCAUCCAGGCUCCGGUAGAGGUGUCGAUGGAAGAUAAUGUUGAAUCUUGUGGACAGAGUACUUCAACUUCGUUAAGACGAGCAAAAAGGAAAACUUCUGUUGUUUGGGAUUCUUUUGUUAGGAUUCAGCCUGAUAUUUCUACUGAUGGAAAGUAUAAAGUCCAAUGUACGCUUUGUGAACAAGACUACAUAAUGGCCCCUAAUGCUGGAACAUCAAAUCUGAAAUGUCAUUUGGCGAAUAGGCAUUGUUUGGAUAAGGCAAAAGAGGGUCAAAGUGCACCAAUAGAUUAAAAAACUUAUCAAGAGAAAGUGUCAUUGGCCAUAUGUAGGCAUAAUUAUACUUUCAGUUUUGUAGAACAUAAAGGCAUUAGGGACAUUCAUUCGUUUUCAAAUCCAAUCGUGAGGCACAUAUCAAGAAACACAGCCAAAUCAGAUAUCUUGACUAUGUAUGCAAGGGAAAAAGAACUUCUAAAAGCUGAGCUUGCAUUGAUCCCCAGUAGAGUGUGUUUGACAUCAAAUAUGUGGACAUCAUUAGUAUCUAAUGGCUAUAUGUGUGUAACAGCUCAUUAUGUGGACUUAAAUUGGGUUCUUUAGAAGAGGGUUUUGAUUUUCCGACAUGUUCCUCCUCCACAUUCGGGUGCGGUUUUGGGUCCUUUGUUGAUCGAUUUUCUUAAAGAAUGGGGAAUCGAAAAGAAAAUCUUUACCCUUACUUUAGAUAAUGCUACUUCCAAUAACGGUGUGGUAGAUAUUUUGAAAAAUCAUUUGUCUUUGAUGCGUUCACUAGUUUGCGAGGGAAAGUUUCUUCAUGUCUGUUGUGGGAAUCACAUUCUUAACUUAAUUGUCAAGGCAGGUUUAGAGAAGGCUGAUGCGGCUAUCGGGAAAAUACGAGAAGGUGUUAAGUAUAUCAAGAAUUCAGAAACAAGAAUAAUGAAAUUUGUGGAGUGCCUCAGUAGUCUUGGUUUACCAUGUUCUAAGAAGCUACGCCAAGAUAUGCCUAUUCGGUGGAAUUCCACCUAUCAAAUGCUUGAAAGUGCUCUUCAUUAUCAGUAAGCUUAUAUUCAUUAUGACCUGGUUGACCCUGAUUUUAGACAUGGCCUUUUUGAAGAUGAAUGGAAAAGGGUCGAGAUUGUAGCUACAUUUUUGAAGCUCUUUUAUGACAUUACAACUUUGUUUUCUGGAUGCAAGUACCCCACGGCAAAUUUGUAUCUUCCUAAUGUAUGGAGAAUUGAAAAGUUAUUGGAAGAACAAAAAAAUGGUGGAGAUUCAGUGAUGAGUGAGAUGGCCACUUAUAUGUUAAGGAAGUUCGAGAAAUAUUGGAGGUCAUAUAGUGUCAUUUUAUCUAUGGCUAUUGUUCUUGACCCUCGAUAUAAAUUGAAGUUUGUUAAGUUUUGCUUUACAAAGUUAAAUUCUGAUACUGCUGAUGCAAAACUGAAGGUUAUUGAAGAUAAUUUACAGUUGUUAUUCAAAGAGUACUUGAUACCUUCAACUAAAACCUCGUUAUCAGAGGAACAUGCUUGUGGUAGUGGUAGUGGUAGCAAUGAAAUGAGGGAUGCACUUGAGGAGUUUGAUAUGUUUGAAAGUCAGUUAGAGUCAAAUACAGGUAAAACACAACUAGACUUGUAUUUGGAGGAAGCUAGCCUUGACCGUAAAACAAAUCCGAAUCUAGAUGUACUUGGCUUUUGGAAGGAUAACAGACUAAGGUAUCCCGAACUCUCAUUAAUGACACGGGAUGUCUUUAGUGUGCCUAUCACCACAGUAGCCUCUGAAUCUGCAUUUAGCAUUGGAGGUCGUAUCAUUGGAAAGUUUCGAAGUUCUAUUCUUCCUGCAAAUGCUGAGGCGCAACUAUGUACUCGGGAUUGGAUUUGUGGACAAGAAGAUCUUGAUGGAUCUGGAUCUGAUUUUGAUGAAGAUGAGAUUGUUGUUGACCUUGAACCUUAUCUUGAAAAGCUUAGAGGUAAGAAUACCCUCACCUGUUGAAGAUGAGAUUGUUUGAUUCCAUAUCACCUGCCGGUUGUUUGGGGAUGCAAGAUUUGAGGUAUUUUGAAAGGUACAUUUUGGUGCGUUAAUGAUGAAUCAUUAGGUUAUAACAACUGCUGGUGCUGGAAGAUAUCAACAAGACAACAAUAUUUCAAUGCAUUGUUUUGACAACUAUAUUGACUUCUAUUUUAUAACUUCUUUUUGGUUAAGCUAAUUGUGGAGUUUUGCUUGAUUUGUAACUUCUUUUGUUGAAGCUAAUUGUGGAGUUUUGCU